AUGGAUAUAGAUCAACAAGAGGCUCUGAAUUCCAUCCAGAAUUCUGUCUACAGAACAGCUCUGAAGCUCCGUACUGUGCAACAUCUGUGCCAAUUGCAUUUGAUAGAUGUCUCUCUUAUUCAACGCAUCCUGCCAAUCCACCACUGCCAGACUGAGAAGCAGACCUCUCUUCCAUUGCAACAAUUCUUGGUGCUGCUAAAGGAGCUUUUUAAAAGAAUCCGGUUAGAGAAACCAGGCCAGGUGGAGCCAAAGGCGCCCAAGCUAACUCUGAACCUCCUAUCUGCUGCAUAUGACAGUCAGAGAGAUUUUGCUGGAGGGUGUUUUGUGGCUUUGCAGCUUGCCUGUCUCUUUAGGCUCUAUGCAACUUCUGCAGGAAGGAAUUCCAGCCAGGGUGUUCAUAUUACUCGAAAUGGCGUGAGGAGCCUGCUUACUGACUUGCUCCAGAUCUUGACUGUGGUGGGAGAAAGCCAUAAUCUGACUUAUGUGGAAACUGCCAUAAGUCGUUGUUUCACUGGGAUUUUCACCGCAGCAAUUGGGGAAGAGAUAUUCCUCUCUUGGCUCCAAAGUGAACCUGCUCUUCUGCUUUGGCUACCCACCUGCCACAGAUUGUCCGCCACAGAAAGGGUUGCACACCAGGUCAAAUGUAACAUUUGUAAGACCUUUCCAAUAAUUGGACUAAGGUAUCAGUGUCUGAAGUGCCUGAACGUUGACAUUUGCCAGGUCUGUUUCUUCACUGGACAAAGCAGCAAACCCCACAAGGAGUCUCACCCUGUGAUGGAACACUGUUUGCCGGUUUCAGCUAAGGAAAAUGCAAAGCUGUUUUUUCGCACCAUUCGAAACAACCUGUUUCAGCGGCACUGCAAAAGGAAAGAAGCGCAGAGAAGAAAGGCCUUGAUGAUGAUGGGAGAAGGAGGCUUCUCUUCCCGCGCCUCAGCACUACCCUCCUCUGCUGCUCUCAUCUCUUCCAAACAGCCGGCACACCCUAAUGCUUUCCUCUCAGUGAAUAGAUUAGACCUACCAACAAGCAGAAACUUAGGUGUUAAGGUGUUCCAGGCACAGCAGAUGGAACACCACAACAGACCGCAGAGUCAAGAAGACACAUCCAGACAGGUACUUUCUUCCAUUAAGGGUGAAUUGGUUAAAACCCAGGAAUCUGUCAAGGCCCUGUGCAGAGAGAGCAGGGCCCUGUGCUGUUUUGUUGCCCUCAGAUACUUGAGGACACAACUGAACAAGAGGAAGGGCGAAGUCCGGCUGCUUCACUCUGCUCAAGAAGAUGGAAACCGUAGACUAGAAGCAAAGAUCCAUGACCUAAUCGCAAGCCAGGAGUAUCUUGUGGUGGAGCUGCAGAAAGUGAAGCAGGGAAUUAAGAAUAUUACUCAAUGUACUGAGGAGUCCUUGAAAGAAAGAAGUUUCCUGAAUGGACCUUGUUGCUCUCUGGUAAAGCCUUCUGGCACAGGGCACGCUGAUGACAAGUCUUUGGAUCCCACUUCUGCUUGUCCUGAACAAAAGUGGCUUUUAGGCCCACAGACUGGUUUGUUCACCAGGAACUCAGAAUCACUGGAGAUCCCACUAAGGAAAGAACUCUUCCAAAGUGCCACGCCUGAAGCCAACCAUCAUCGAAAUCAUGGGGUGAGAAGAGUUCCUCAAAUGCCUGAAAGAAGCCACCCCAACCAAAGUCAGAGCAUUAGCCAUUGUUGUCCUACUGCACAACAGCCAUUUCUUAGUGUGAAGGACAUGGAAGAGGAGGAGGAGGAAGAGGAAGAAGAACUGCAACAGUUGAUGAUGAAGUUGAAAGAGGCCCUCUCUUUCCAAGCACAACCAGGCCAGCAUUCUGCUCUCGAGGAGGAAUUCCUCUCCUCUGCUGAACAUGUUUCCAAGUCCUUCUCCGAUCUCAUCCGCCAAGUAAGUCUGCCAGCUAGGAAAUGCCCGAGUGCUGCUGGCACCGCUGCUUCCUUGCCUCAAUGCUCAUGGUAAAGAAACCCUGCAACAUUCACACAGAGGCAGACUAGAGCGAACGGUGAGAGAUCUCUGCUUCCAGAGCGCUGCGCUGCCUUAGAGACGAGUCCGUCAUUCCUUUGGCCUCUCUGAAGCUGGUUUCUGCUUUUUUCCAUAGAGCAGCCUCAUUCAAUCCUUUUUUAUGAUACGUUUUGAACACUUCUAGUAACAGGGAAUUACGUGCCAAUAUCUUCAGGCUCCGUCCCAGCAAAGUUAAGCAGAUUGCCCAGCAUGGUGCUGUGGCCAGGGUGCUGGGCUUGGCCCAGAGAGCCUUGGGUUCACGUCUUCAGUUAAACAUGUUGCUCGCUCCAUUCCCUUGGAACUGUCCUCCUUUUGCAGCUCAGCCCAGCCUACUUCACAAGGCUGUUGUGAGACUAAAAUGAAGUUACAAAGCUAUUCACAAUCUAUUGAAGUGCCCAGUGCAAACAGUGAAUAAAUAGACAUGCUACAAAUUCUCAUACAAUCCUUCAUAGUACCCUAUAUAAAUAGCAAUAAUUUACAUUUCAAUAAACAUUGAAAUGGUCAUUGUGAAGGGCUUAUGUUUGCCUUGAACCUGUUUGUAGUUCUUAAGUAAAUCUACAUUAGAAGUUUUAAAUCAUGCAGUCAGGAUGAUUUUCCAAACAAUUAAUACUGUUGAUUAUAAACUGAAUGUUUAAUAUUUCUGGAAUUAUUUGUUUUUUAAUUUUAAAAACAUGUGCUCAAGAACUGCAUGUAGAAAAUAUUUUCACUUUUGGAAUAUUGCACAGAUUAACUGGUAAAUCACUCUAUAAGUUAAAAAAAAUACACUGAAUUAAAUAAUAUAUUAGAAUACA